AUGUCACCAGUGCUAUCGAGAAAACCCAUAGUUGCUUGCUCAUCUCCUCGUCGGACUCGGCGAAAAAUUUCUGGGCAGAUAUUUUCUCCAAUCUAUGAAUUACCUGUCUCGGAAAAUUCCAGGGGUGAUGUGUUCACUAAAUCUCGGCUUAAAUCAAACGCUCAAGAGCCAAACUCACACCUGAUCGAAUUGAACCGGAAUAAUCUCAAGCGCACCAAAAUGAAGAUUGUAUCGAUCACUCGGGCCUGUCACAAAUCACAACGGCUCUCUGGUAUGACCCAGCCGAGUUGUCGGAAAUGUCGCUACCGUUGCCGAAAGGUCUCUCGUAUUUCUCAACCAAAAAACUCUUCAACGCCCAAAUCUAAUCUCCAGCCCAAGUCCUCCUCUACUCCCUUCAUAACCCACGCUACCCCGACUACUGCAGUGCAUAUCUGGCAAUCAUCCGUCCGCUGCGACGAUGCCGAAUCGGAUGACAAAAAGCUUUCUGACCCCUCCCAUGUCGACGAAGGUGCUUGGCUUAGCGAUCCUUCUGCUGAUAACUCCACCGCCUCCUCCUCCAUCUCCUCCCUUCUCCCCACUAGCGUUAGUGGGUGUGAAACUAAGGGCGAUGCUGAAGUUGAGGAAGACGAAUCACUAGAAAUAAUGGAGAUUGCCCAGUCUGAAGUAGAGACUAUGGAGGAGCCACAGCCGUCUGCUGUACCAUCAGCCGAAGAAUAUGAGCCUGAUGCCGGUGAACUGUGUGAAGUAGACCCAUUCGCUUUUAUUCGGACACUCCCUCCGGUGUCGGACGAGCUCUUCGCCUAUCCACCGGCUCUGCCAAAGCGGACACGGUCGUGUCCGGAGCACUGUCUGGUUCUCGAUCUAGAUGAGACACUGGUGCACUGCAGCCUCGAACCCCUUGUAGACGCUCAGUUUGUCUUUCAGGUCGUUUUUCAGGGUGUCGUUUACAUGGUAUACGUGCGUGUAAGGCCACAUCUCUUUCAUUUCCUUGAAAGAGUGUCGGAACUAUACGAGGUUGUCCUUUUUACCGCGAGCACCAAGGUUUACGCAGAUAGACUUGUCAACCUCCUGGACCCCAAGAAACAGUGGAUUAGACACCGACUGUUUCGGGAAAACUGUAUUUUUGUCAAUGGAAACUACGUAAAGGACCUGCGUGUGUUAGGAAGGGACUUAACUAAAACCGUCAUAAUUGACAACUCCCCCCAAGCCUUUGGCUAUCAGGCAAGACAGUGUCUAAGCAACGGGAUACCUAUUGAAAGCUGGUUUACUGACCAGGAGGAUAACGAACUAAUGAAAUUGAUUCCCUUCCUCGAACGUCUUGCGAAAUUGUCUGAUGUAAGGCCUAUCGUGGAUAGCCAAUUUCGGCUGCAAUCAAAGGUAUUUGCGAAGGAGCCUCCUCAGCCACCUCUUCAAUGUUUUUCCUCCACCGCUGGCACUACCUACCCCUGCGAUGAGCACAUGGAGGUGGCCGAGCCUGAGUGCGAGUGUGAAGACGAGGGAGUAAUCGAUCUUGCAGAAGUUGACAAGGAGGAACCAAAGGUUCAGGUGGCAGACCCAUCGAAUGGAACCACUGUGGUUUUUGCCGCUGCCGUGGCAAUACGACGGCUCGGUCUUUCUGCGCGCCCGUAA